AUGGUGGCUAUAGGGUGUAGUAUAUUCUCUCAUUUCUUCGGCGAUUCACCAUUAAUCGGUGCUUUCGUCUUUGGCUUAGCCGUUCCAGAUGGUCCGCCGUUAGGUUCUGCCUUGGUAGACAAGCUUGAAUGCUUUGUCAAUGGUGUUUUUCUCGCAGUCUUCACAACCACAUCAACAAUGCGAGUCGAUGUGAAAUCGAUGAUGGAGAAUCAAUCUAGAUUCCUAUUUAGUAUCAUUUUUGUUUGUGUAACGUUCCUUGCAAAAGUUAUAUCUUGUUUUAUAGUCACAUUUUGGAGCUUAAUGCCCUUAAAGGACUCAUUGGCAUUUGCUUUAAUCAUGAGCAGCAAAGGGAUUGUGGAAUUAUCAUAUUUCUGCAGUUUCAUAGAUAAUAAGAUUAUGUCCAAAGCAACUUUUAGUGUCUUGGUACUCGGUAUCCUUGUAAAUUCAACUAUGGUCCCACUCUUGGUGAAGUUGCUUUACAACCCGGAUUCGAGAAGAUAUGCAGGGUAUGAAAAACGAACCUUAAUGCACUUAAAACCCGAUUCCGAGCUUCGGGUUCUUGCAUGCACUCAUAGAUCCGAAAACGUCUCCACCAUCAUCGAGUUGCUUGACCUUACAUGUCCUGCGAAGGAGAGUCCUCAACUUGUUUUUGCCCUUCAUAUUGUUGAACUAAAGGGACGUGAUUCUCCUGUGUUUAUAGCUCACCAAAAGAAUGGAAACAGUGCCCUAAGUUCUUUAGAAAACAUCUUUGCUUACAAUCAAUACGAACAGAACAAUUGGGAUUCCGUUACAGUUCAUGCUUUCACGGCAAUCUCGCCGCCUAAGCUCAUGCACGAAGAUAUCUGUAUUAUGGCACUCAACAAGCAAACGUCUUUUGUAAUCCUUCCCUUCCAUAGGAAAUUCUCUAUUGACGGAUCAAUCGAAGACGAAAACAGUGUGAUGCGGAACGUGAAUUGUAGUGUCCUGGACCGAGCACCGUGCUCGGUAGGGAUCCUCAUUGACAGCAGGGUAGCCGAUAGGGGAAGGAAGACAUUAAAGACAUCAUCAAGGAUGCCAACCUGCUCAAUCGGGAUGCUUUUCAUAGGCGGGAAAGACGAUCGGGAGGCUUUAACGUUAGCCAAAAGGAUGGCACGUGACCCUCAAGUGAAUCUGACCGUGAUCCGUCUCAUUGCUGAUCAUCAUCAUUCCGGGAAUAUCAUGGACUGGGACGGCAUACUCGAUUCCGAGAUUUUGAAAGAUGUUAAGCAAAAAAAUGAAGUUGGUAACAGUUGCAACAUAAUGUAUGCGGAAAAAGUUUCCAACGACGGGCCACAAGCCGCGGGGGUCAUUAGAUCGAUCGUGAACAACUACGAUUUGAUCAUCGUCGGUAGGCGAUACGGGGUGGAAUCGGUACAAACGAUGGGUUUAGCGGAAUGGUGUGAAUUCCCUGAAUUAGGGGUGGUCGGAGAUCUCCUUGCAUCAACGGAUUUAAAUAGUAGUGUAUCAGUAUUAGUUGUACAACAACAAUAUUAUGUAGAGCUAGGUAGACAUUAA